GGACGUGAGCUAACUCAUUACCGGUACAACCUCGUAAUGUUUACAUGUCAAAGUUUUCAUCAUUUUAGCCAGAUUACCGUUUCUGUUCUUUACUUUUUGUCAAAAAUACUGGUACCUACACUUUUUUUCGCAGCACUGACAGGAGCUGAAAAAAAAAGUCGUCAACAUCCAUCUCCUGGGCACGACCAUCACACGUGAGCCGUGCGCGCUAUCUUGCUGCUUCACUGUCCUGUCAGCUUGCCUAGCCGACGCCCCAGACAUGUCUCUAGAACUAGCUCCUGGUCAUCACAUACGCCAUUAUUGGCUGGCGCUUAGAGCUUCAAAAAAAAAAAACGUCUUUUUGACAAGCUGGUUCUCUGACAGUACCAGCACGGCGAGUUCAUCACAUAGUCCAUAUCCAAAACCAAGGCAUCGAGUCUCGCGGUGGAAAAUGGUAGAGUUGGUGGCGGCAUGCAUAGCCAGUGAUUGAAGUGCCGGAGGGCCUGGACCAAGAGUCGAUUGUUCACAUUUUCGACGGCAAAUCUCAAGCCUUGGCUUGAAUCUUUGUCUGCGUUCGGUUGAUCUAGACAAAAGAGUUGCCAUUGUCCUGAUAAUUGUACAAUCAGUUCCUCGUGGAACGGGAACAAUGGAAUUCAAGAAACAACGAGGUUGCUACCACUAUGAACGAACAAUUUAUAAAAACACCACACCUCACAUAGUUGGGUUCAGCUUGGGCAAGGCGAUGAACAAUAGCAAUUUGCACAACAUACAGUACUAACCCCCCCAAGCAGACACUCACACAAAUAUCACAACUUACAAGCCCAUACAUACAGCAUGUGUUACGGCUGGUACGAAUACUUCAAGUGCAUGCAAUGCAGCAGCACAUACGGAAGCCGCUACAACGUGCGCAAGUGCGCCCUGGAGAAGAGCACAAGGUUCUGCUCGCAAAGUGGCCCCAGAGGCAAACUGAUGGUGGCCGAGAUUGAGGACGACGUCAAGAUGGACUGGGCUUGCGAGAAAUGCAAACGCAAUGACAAAGGUGACGUCGCUGGUCAGACGAACUCUGGCGUGAAGCCGCUGGUGUGGAACGACCAGAACAAUGCCUGGUCAACCACGUGGUGAGAAAGC